GAACAGAACAUGACGGAAACAGAUGCCUUCCACGGGAGUGAAAUGAUGCAUCCGGAAGAAAAGUACAAAAUGAACCACAAGAGGCGAGGUCUUGCUUUGAUCUUCAACCACGAAACGUUCUGCCCGCUCCUGCAUCUGUCUAAACGCGAGGGCACCCGCAAAGACUGGGAGAAUCUCUGUCGCAGGCUUCUAGAACUAGGUUUUGAGGUGAAAUGCUAUAACAACCUCAGAGCAGAAGAAGUACUGCUCACAAUGUACGAAGCGUCAACCAUCAGCCAUGUCGACGCCGACUGCUUUCUCUGUGUUUUCCUGAGCCACGGCGAAGGCAAUCACAUUUACGCCUACGACGCUAAGGUGGAAAUUCCCAUGCUGACGGACUUCUUCAAAGGCGACAAGUGUCAGAGCCUGGUGGGCAAGCCCAAGAUCUUCAUCAUUCAGGCCUGUCGCGGUGACAAGUACGAUGUGCCGGUCCAGCCCAAGGAUGAGGUCGAUGCAACCCGCCUGCCCGACAGCAAUGAGACCCAGGUGGACGCAGCGUCUGUGCACACGCUGCCCGCCGGGGCCGACUUCCUCAUGUGCUACUCUGUGGCUGAAGGUUAUUUCUCACAUCGGAAUCCCGCGUAUGGCUCGUGGUACAUCCAGGAUUUGUGUGAGGUGCUGGCAAGGUAUGGCACGAACUGGGAGUUCACGGAGCUGCUCACACUGGUCAACAGGAUGGUGUCACGCCGAAAGAAUAACAGUGAUGACCCAAGAGCCAAAGGCAAGAAGCAGAUUCCCUGCUUUGCCUCCAUGCUCACCAAGAAGCUGUACUUCCUCCCCAAGUCCCAGUGA